AGGGGGAGGCAAGAGAGGACACUGAAGGUAUUUGAGGGGAUGAGACGGGAUAAAGGGAAGGUUUGCCAGGAUACUUUUUCAUCUUUAUGUUUUGUUUACGUCACUGCAAGAAAUAACUCCGCGGGGAAAUAAGUCGCUCUGGGGUCCACUACGCAUGCGCACUGGGGAAUACAUGACAAGGAAGCAUUAAUUAACUAUAUUUUGUCCUAAUUUAUCCACUCAUGAUCUUUCUAAUGAUAUAUAUUGCCUGUGACAAACCAAUAAACUAGACCAAUAUACCAAAUAAAUAAAACAAGGAGUAACUACCAACGUGGGGUAAUACUGUCUAAAAACUACCCUAUUCGUUUCUUACAAAGCAUUCUCUUGAUUAAAAACGUUUAUUGGACCUGAAACUGAAGUAAACAACAUCGGGGAGUGAGAAAUAAGGAAGGAAGUUUGACCUCCCCUGCGACCUAUUUUGCAAGCACGAGAUAAUUCCUAUAAUAACGUCUCGCGGCCCGCCCCAACACGCUGUCCCUCUCUCUCCCUUAUUUACCAACCCGCCAUGGCUUUAAAAUACCCGAAUUAACGUUGAAAAGCGAGAUUAGAGGUUAUAACAGCCGUGAGAAUCGUGAUAACAUGAAUUCCCAGUUGUGCGUGGACGCUGAGGAGGUAGAGAAGGCCGCUCAGAGGACUCUAAAUAUGGAACCUAAGUCAUCAACAUCAUCGGAGAAGGACAGUAAGGGGAAUGACGUGCUCGUCCUCCCGUCUAAGGAUAACGUAACACCCAGCACCAGCGAUGACUGUAUUCCCGUAAUGGUCAAUGAUAUCCCAGUCUUCAUAUCCCAUACAAGCUCGGGGUCCCCACUCUACAUACGUCAGUACCCGCCCACCCUAGAGGAGAUCAUGGAUUCCAGCCCUGAGGAAGUCUUCGAUGGGUUCUCCGAGGCCAGCGGGCAGACAUUUGAGGGGUUUUCCGAGGGUAGUUCUGGUAGCGUGCUCUUCGAGGGGUUCGCCGAGGGUAGUUCGAGUGCUGGGGUUUUCGGGGGGUCGUCCGAGUCUAGUGUGCUGUUUGAGGGUUUCGGUGAGCCGGCGUGUGAGUCCAAGGCUGCCGUCAUCCAGAGCCUAAGGAGGAUGAUUAGCGAGGAGGACAGUAGCAAGGAUAGCAAUUUUGAUGAUAGUUGUGAGGGUAUGUCAAAGGGCGAGACUUGGAGGAAACGCGGAUCUGUGGCCACGAGAAGGUCAUCGAGCGGCCACAAACGGAAAAGGUCGCAGCAGAAAGACUCGCUGGAUAAACGCUCGCUGAAGAAGGUGAAGACGGAGAAGACAGCAGACGACCAAAGCGAAGCAACCAAAAAUGUGCAGCCGAGACGAAGGGUCAGCAUCGAGAAGCAGGAAAGUCAACCCGAAACUUCAUUCUCCGAGCAGUCCGGGAAAAUACCACGGAAUUUGCACUUGCCUUCCCCUGGCGACCCGGACUACAUCGGCGAAUUCUGCAAUGCUGUCGGGUGCACUGUCAACUUCCUGGAGAGGAUGGCGAUCAAGGAAGUGAAGAUAAAUAACGGCAUUGUCUCGGAACUCGUCAAUUUUGCAAGUCGGAUUUCAUGGGAGAAGGAAUACGUCGUUCGAUGGAUUCAGCGCUUGAGCGGAUUGCGAACUAAUGACCCUCUGGAUGAUCGCGACUACCAGAGCAUCCAGGCUAUUCUCAAGCGACGGAAAGCCUUAUCCACGAUCCACUCCGGCAACCAGCAUCUCAAGGCCAAGCUUAAAUCGUUUGACAUGAUGGAAUAUGUGCUGCCGUCAAUGGUGAAGCAACAAGUGAAAUUAGAAAACGGUGAGGGGGGUUCUGUGAGUGAUAAAGUGACUGAUCAUGAGACUAUAAAAGGAGGAAUGGCGGAGAAAGAGCGAGAAGAGAAAGGAGCCAGAAAAGGGGUCAAGAGAUUAUCAGAUGCCAAAGAGAAAAAGAUAAGUGGAGGUUCAAAUGCAGUGGAAGAAAGUAACAUAAAAGAAGAAAAGGAAUCAGAAAGUACAACAGACCAAAACAACAGACGACCCAAAAUCAAGGAGGAAGAGGAGAAACAAAUCCCAGAGAAGGAGAAAAAGAAUCACGCCGCAGACAAAACAAACAAGGAAGCCGAGCCGAAGAGAAGAAUUUCCGCCAGGAGAGCGAGUCUGCUGGCGCUGAGAGGGGAGCGAGAAAAGCCUGCCGUUAAACAAGAGCGAACGGACGAAGGCUCAGCGGAAGUCAGUAUUAGCAGGAGUGGAAGGAUGAGAAUUUUACCGAAGUACGACAAGGAAAAACAACGGAGGAUGGAGGAAGAAAACGCCGCCGAUGGAAAGAGAGAAAGGGAGGACAGGAUGAAAGGGAAGGAGGCAGAGGAGGAUGAUAAAGCCACUGAGAAAAAGGAAGCAAAGGAAGAUAACACCACUGACAGAAAGAGAGAAAGGGAAGACAGGAAGAAAGGGAAGGAAGCAGAGGAGGAUGAUAAAGCCACUGAGGAAAAGGAAAUGGAGGAAAAUACGGCCACCGACAGAACUGGAAAAGAAGCGAAGGAGAAUGAAGCUGCCGAGAAAAUGAAGGAGGAAAUAGAUGAACAAAAAGGAAAGGAAACACAUGGAAAUCAAACCAAAAAUGAGUCCACAUCAAGGAGAAGACUCAGCAUUCGGAGAGCGAGCUUAUUGAAAGCAAGGGAGGAGAAAAGUGAGACCAAGCAAACAUCGGAGAGGGCAAAGAACAACAACCAGAGACAGAGGAGAGGAUCACGUACUAUAAGCGGAUCGGACGGAAGCAAACGUGAGGAAAACGAAGCCACGGAUGAUUGCAAAACAGAGGUCAGGGAUGCGAUUGACACUGAACGGAAGAAGUGCACGGAGAGGAGACGAGAGAGCGAGACCUCCGAGAAACCUAAUAAAAAGAUCGCGGAGGCUACAGCACAAGGUAGACUCAGCACCCGGAGAGACAGUCACGCGUUAGUCAAGCAAGAGGAGGUUCAACAAUCCCCUGAUACUGUGACAACACAAGAUAAAGUGAGAGAGAUUAAGAUAAACAACACUAUCAGAACCAGGAGAUCAAGUCUGUUAGUUAAGGAGGAGGAGGGUAACAGCGAGACAAAGAAAAAGGAGAGUGAAGGCGCUUUUAAGGACAGACUGAAGGAGACUCAGAGAGAAGCUGGUGAGGGAAGAAGGACCAGAAGAGGAAGCCUAUUGGUCACCCGGCAAGAGGAAGGAAAGAAAACCAAAGAUGAGAUUGAGAAGGAGAGUGAUGAAGUAAGUGUCGGGAAGGAAGAGGAAGUUGUUGAUAAAUCCCUCACUGAGAAAGAAAAGGAAGGUGAUGUUGAAGAAGAAAAGGCGACAAAACUAAACGAGAGCCAAUCCAGUAUCGAAGAAAAGUCCGAGGAGGAAAAAACACCACCCAGUUCACCAGAGAAAGAGGAUGAGGACAAAGCGAGGCAGACCGAGGAAAACGAAAGCCCCGGGAAAGAAGGAACCAGCAGCGAGGAGAACCAAUUUAUCCUGAAGCGGAACAAAGUCAUCAACAGGGACAAGCGAAUCAGCAGGUGGCAGAACAAGAAGAUGGCUCAGCACGAAGGACCCAAGACCUCCGGCAUGGAAGACAUCGCCGUCAGGGACUCAACGGGCAGCGACGAGACUAAGGAGCACAAGACACCGCAGAACAGCAGCGCAUGUGACGACGGUGUGCUCAGUGAUGACGGGAGUGGGUGUAGCUUGGUGAUAGACGAGAGUGAUGAUAGUGAUGAUGAAAUGGAAGUAGACGAAGGUAAAGGCACUGCGCUGAGUAAUGCCAGUGAGGAUAUGCCCAGAGACGACACUGUUAGUCAUUUAUGUGAAGAUGGGUUGCCGCUAAGUGAGAGGAAGGAGGAUGAUCGUAAACAACAGCUUCCGAGCAGCCCCAAAGACACACCUAAGAAGAUCAAAGCAGAUAAAUCACCUGUGAGGGAAAAAGCCGCCACAACACCAGCGUCCCAGGGAGGGGAGAGCGCCUAUGCCGGCACACUGGGGGUCAGCAAGAGCGGCAGGCUACGAAAACCAAGUGCUAAGGGGAUCCAGUCCAUUGAAAUCAAAUGCCUGUUCAUGCAGAGGAACGGCGAGUCCCCACGACCACCGCCGCCGCUGCCACUCUCCAAGGAUGACCAGAAGGACAAGGACUGGAUAGAGGAGCGCAGGUCCCCCAUCAAGCGAGAGCUACGAGAGAGUAACUGGGUGGCGGAGAGGAAGUACCCCUUCAAGCAUGAGCCAGGAAAGCGUAUCUGUGCGCAGGAUAAGCGGUCUGUCAGAUGUGAGCCCGGAGAUGAGUGGGUUCCGCGCCUUAAGUCUCCUGUCAAGCCCCAGCAGAGAGACAAGGAUGGCGGCCAGGACAAGGAGUCUCCCGAGAAGCACAAAUUGAAGGUGAAGAAGAUGCCAGUGGGGCUGCGCUUCAACAAGACAGACAACGAGUUCCUCACCUACACCUAUCACGACGGCCACCUGGUCCCAAAGUUCAGAGAGCGGGAUUUCUACCUUGGGGAUUACUGCGCCAAGGCCGGGUUGACCGUGGACGACCUUAACUCCGAGAACGCGAAGAGCAAACUGACCUUCGGGAUGAUCCGGGAGCUGUACCAGUUCUACGUGUCGAGGAAGGCCACCAAGACCGCCCUGGCCAUCAAGCUGUUCAAGUUACGUGGGAAGGAGCUGCUGGACAACACACACCUGCUGUCUACCGUCAUGCGCAUCACCAACCUGGCCAAGAUGAAGCACUCCCGCAAUGUCCCCUACGACAGGGAGUUCACGCUGCCCGUCAGACUCACCUCGAUAAGCUCAGAUCGCACUCCCUCGACCACCAGGGACUUGCGGGACAGGAGCGCCUCGGGGAAGUCACCGUCAGAUGAACCAUUGCCGCAUAGGGUCAGGAGGAGCCCAAAGAAGAGAGGCGUCAAACCGGAGGACUCAGGCGACGAGUACGAGUAUUUCGGCGACAUGGAGGAGGACGCCGAGGAGGAGAGCGACGUCCUGCUGACUCGUGGGCAGGACGGAACCAUCACCCGAGGCGACAUCGUGUUCCUGUACUCCAAGUGGCUCAGCAGCAAGAUGUCCGAGGGCAGCAACACCUUCGUGACGGACCUGCUGCGGAGCGUGGAGCAGCUGAUGGCGGAGCGGACCGUGGCGCCGCUCCGCAUCCCCGCUGGCACCCUCAUGUCCUCCUCCGUCAAGCUGUACGACGAAUACAAGCAAAUAUUAAGGAUCAGCAAGGAGGACGCCAUCAUGUACCUGCAAGAAGACUGGCUUGAGGACAUCCAGUACCUUCUAUCAAUCUCCGCUCCGUCCCGCCGCAACACCUCCGAAGGCGAGACUGCCCCCGGAGCUGCCACGGAGAGCGACACCCCGACUAUCGCCCCGGAGAAGCCCAGCAAGACGAGAGCGCCCCGUCAUCGCAGUGGCGGCCAAAAGGAGGAAAAGACGAGUGACUAUGAAGGAGAGUCACCCGCCAUCACCGUCAAGGAGGAGGUUUCGAGGAGCCAUCAGAUGGAGAGUGUCGGCAAGAGGCGGGGGAAGAGAAGGAAUGUCAGGGAAUCAUUAGAGAAGUUCGAUAAGGAGAUCUUGGAGGAGUUGGAGAAGAGUGGAGUGCUGGAGGAGGAGGAGGAGGACACAUUACAGCAAAUCGACCAGGAGCGUAGUUUUGAAGACCCACCCGACAAGGAGGAAACGAAAGUGGAGAAGAAGCGGAAAGGAAAGAAAAAAGUGGAGAAGAAUGAUCAGAAAGACAUCAAACCAAUGGAUCGUGACUUCAACUGCGAGGUUAAGAAGAUCGUCGACUACCAGGAGAUUCACGACAGCAUGGGCAAGCGUUUCCGAUACCUGGUGCGCUGGGUCGGGUUCGGGCCGCAAGAAGACACGUGGGUGAAUGAGGCGAACCUACAAUGCCCGGAAAUACUCGAUGCGUUUUGGAAGCAGCGAAGAAAAGGGGGAAAGUCUGAGGCAUCAACCGAAAGCCAUCAAGGGGAAACUAAAGCCGUGGAGCCGGAAUGCUUAUCAUCGGAGCCCAAGGAGGAUGACGAGAGCAUUAUCCAGGUGAUGGUGAAGCAGGCCGCAAUGCAUGACGUCGUACGCACCAACAACGUAGCGAUCGUCACCAAAAGGGAGCUGCUGGGUCUGUACGAUGCAUGGCGCGAGGAGAACCAGGAGGAGCUUAUGGCGGGCGGCACAAACACCGUCAACUUACAGGUGUUCAAGGGCCGCGUCAGGGACCUCAUGGCCUCUCGGGGUCUACCAUUCCACGCUGAGUCGAUCCUAAACGCCGCCUUUAUGAUGACUCUCAUGAGGACGCGAUUACAGAACCAGGUUGCGAUAAAUAAGUUCUUAGACUCGAGCUGCCUGGAAGUUCUGGAGGCGAGCCAUAAGCAGUACCUCAGGAGAAAGUACUCGGAGAUAGGCGCAGGGCUUACCCACAGCCGCCUCAAGGAGCAGAAGCCGUCAGUCUUGUGCCUACAGAAAGAUUUACACAGCCUAAAACUUGAUCUUGCCACCGCCCAGAAAUGGAGGGCUGUCAAGAACUCGCAACUUGGAGCCGUCGAGGAGGAGGUGGACUGCUUAGAGAUCGCUACACCCAUGCCUGAUGAUGACCAAAAAACCGCUGAUGCUCUUCUCUACCUCAAGCAAGAAGUUCACAAGCUCAAAUGCGAUCUGAAAGUGCUCGAGCGGAACCAUCACGGAAAUACGAACGACAAACCAAAGAUGAUUCAAGUCCCGCUGUUUGCCGACGUUACGAGGGAUUCCGAGAGCUACAGGACGAAGGGUAGAGUCGUGAGGGAUAAACUAUUGAACAUGAGCAUGGCGAAGAGCACUGUCGACACUAUCAUGGAGAUUGUGGCGAGGAGAAUGGGAGGUCGUACGCAGGAGUGACAAUCUUAACCCCCU